CACGCCGCAUCGUUCAAGUUGAUUCUGAGAAGGUCAUGCUGGUAGGAUGAAAGUUUAAGCUGGUUUUGGUGGAAUUUAACAUGGAAAUUGGAAACGAGAUUAGUCAACAAAUAAGAGGUGCUAUUAAAACAAAAUUAAAAGAGCUUGGAUCUUACGUUGAUGAAGAAUUACCUGACUACAUUAUGGUUAUGUUGGCCAACAAGAGAAGCAAGGAGCAAAUGACAGAGGACUUGGUUUUAUUUCUGGGUGCAAACACGGCAUUGUUCACAGAUUGGCUUGUGAACAUAAUACAGAAGCUGCAAGAUGUGACAAGUUUACAAGAAAAUACUGAGCAGUCAAGUAUAUUGGCAAAGGAAUCUAUACCACUGCAAACAAUAAAGACAGAACCUGUUAAAAUUAGGGAGAGAAAAGAGAGACGAAGGAGCCCUCAUAGAACAGAAGCAAGAGAAGAGCAAAUAAGCCAAGGUUACAAGUCUUCUGAGAAGACAGAGAAACAAAAGUCAAGCAGCAAUGUUGUUAAGACUGUUGGCUUGACAUCAAAAGGCUCUACACGAAAAAGAAAGCACUCAUCAUCUGAUGAAGAAGACUCUCAAGGGACAAAUCUUCACAGUAUUGUGAAAGUGAAGGACAGAAAACCUACUCUUCCAGUCUCUAAGCAAGCUUCUGGCAAUCUCAUUAAGAAAGCUGUGACUGAGGCACACCUCUCUGUCAACAAACCAGUGCUUUCAUCAAGUCUGAAGUAUGACCCAACCUCGCCGCCAUCACCAAUAAGAUCUCAUAGUUAUGAGGAAAAGCAGCAACAGAAGGAGUUGUUGCUACAGCAGCAUAGAGAAUUACAAAAACAGUUUUUUCAAAUGAAGGAAGCAGAAGUGCAUGUAGAACAUGAAGAAGAGGAAGUAGGAGAAGACAGUGACAAGGAAAUAGAGGGAGAAUCAACAGAGCUGGAUGGAACCCAUGUCCAAAGUGACAGAGAGAAAGGGGAAAGUAAAGAAGUAGUUGAAGAACACAAAGAGCUGGCUGAUGCCCAACAACCAGAGGAACCAGUUAUUGAGCUUCAUGUCUCUGAGACUGAGACACUGGAAUAUGGUUCUGAACCUGCUGUGAGCGAUACCAGAAUUGUCGCCUUUGCCGACAGCCAAGCUGGAGGGGAAGAUUCAGAUGAAGAGCGUAGAAAGAAGAGGAAAAAGCGGCGAGCUGUGAAAUCUAAGAAAGAGAAACCAGCAAGUCCAAAGUUCAUUGUGACACUGGAUGGAGUGGACAGCGAUAUGGAAGACAAAUACGACGUACAGGUCAAGAAGGAAAAGAAGAAGAAGAAAUCAAAGAAGAAUGCAGAAGUAGAUGAUUAUGAAGAGAUUGAUACCACGGAUGUAACUGAAGAGGUUAAGCCAACAAUAGAGGUGGCUAUGCCUGAAAAACCAGCCAUCAAACAGAUAACAUUUGAUCUGGAAGCUGCUCCUGAUGAUGAAGAUUCCUCUCAAAGUAAAAGCAAGCAAGCAGAAAAAUGUAAAUUUUGGCCAGACUGCAAGAAUGGAGACGACUGUCCUUUCUACCACCCCACAGUAACUUGCAGGUUUUUCAGAUGCACCAAUUCAGUCUGUCCCUAUACACACAAGUUAAAAAACAAGCUCCAGACCUCCCCUGUAGCAGCUCCAGUAUCAGCCUUCAUGUUUCCAUCACCAAGUGUCCUGAUCCCUCCAGCCCCCACUGCCCAACCUGUUCCUUGCAAGUUUUACCCAUCCUGUACCAAAUCCGACUGUCCUUUUUAUCAUCCACAACCAAAGCCUUGUCGGUUUGGGCUUAACUGCACCAGACCAAACUGUUUGUUCACUCACCCAGCAAAACCUUCCUCGUUAAAAUGGGUUUCUCCUGCUCUGCACAUAAGCGAAAGAAGAUUUGCCAUGUCCGAACAGAAAGUAACCUCUAUGCCGGUGUUAUAAUGGAUGACUUUAUUUUUAAAUCGUGUGUUGUUGUGUCAAAUCUGUUGGUGAUUUGUCAUCAUAUGUCUGUCAAUGCUGCUUUAGUAAGUAGUGAUUGUAUGUCCAGUCCGAACUGUAACAAUGGAAUGCCUUGGAAAAUGAAUUCUCAGAAUUGUUUCUGAUUUGUCUGA